CGCCAGCUCACCGCAAGAACAUAGAUCAUCGUUAUACAAAGAGAGCACAUACAUUAUGUAGGGAUUUCGAUGCUAAAAUCCAAUACAACCGCUAAGUGCUAGUGCGGCUCGGGUUAUUGUCAUUGUGUAUGGGCUGUAUAUAGUGAAAUAGAUUAUCUCUAAUGGUAUUGUAUACCGACUUGACUUCAAUUGAUACAGCGAUUUCGUGUUGCAAGCUCGUGUUCAGAUCUAUAUUGAUAUUCAACAUUUUGAUAGAGACUUUUACACCGGAUUUCAAUAGAAAAAUAUCAGUAUUAAGGUGUUACGAACAUAUUAAAGAAGAACAUUUUAUAAAAAUGGGAAUAUUUUAAAUAAGACAUGGAUAAAAUUAUGUGAAAUGGACAUAAUCAAAGUGUGCUUUAAAGCUUAUUCCAUCUAGAGUUAUUCAAGGAAAUGUGGAAAGUGAAAAGGAAGCCAUGAAUGGAAACAGUAAACAUUACAUGUUGGCCAAUGGAGAGACGGUAAUCACUUUUGAGCCAAAUUCCCACCAGGGUCGACCAUGCUGUGGGCGAACGACACUGGAGAUUGUUUUGUUGUUCAUUGCCCUUAUUUUUAUCGGCAUCAGCGCAGCACUCGUGAUUGUGUUAGUCAUGAGACCGAAUAUCGAAACAAUAAAGACGAUAACCAUCACCGAGUAUCCACCAGCAAGCAACUCGGUGCGUCAGGAUGACAAGAAAACUGAAACUCUGUGCCUUACACAAGAUUGUGUAAAAGCCGCCGUGCGGCUUAUGGAAGCUAUGAACGACAGUAUUGAUCCGUGCGAGAACUUCUUCGACUACGCUUGCGGUUCCUGGAACCGCAUGAACGAGAUACCCGAGGACCGGUCCAGCUACGACACCUUCUCGAAGCUUCGAGAUAAUCUCGAUAUGCAGUUGAAAGAAUUAUUAGAAGAGCCAGAACUGCCGGGUGAAAGUGAGGGGACGGUCAAGGCAAAGCGUCUGUAUGCUUCGUGUAUAAACGAGGCUAUGAUUGACCAGCGCGAUCUUGGGCCGGCUAUAGCUUUAAUAAACGACCUUGGAGGCUGGCCCGUUACCAUGGGAACCAACUGGCGAAACGAAGAUUUUGAUCUCAUUGGCCUUUUAGCGAAGCUCCGUCUCUAUAACAACAAGCUUUUGAUUGACCAAUGGGUGGGGCCGGACGAUAAAAACUCGGACAUUUAUGUCAUACAGCUGGACCAGGCGGAGUUGGGAAUGUCGUCACGUGACUAUUACAUGUCGGGUCGCGAUGACCCGCACAUCGUGGCGUACGAGCAGUUUGCAGUGGACACCGCCAUCUUGUUCGGUGCCAACGCUUCACGCGCUAAGGCGGAAAUGGCGGAUGUGAUUGACUUCGAGAUACGACUUGCCAAUAUUACGGUGCCCCAAGGUGAAUUGCGAGACAGCGAGGCGCUCUACAACAAAAUGACGAUAGCAGAGCUUCAGAAAAUGAUACCUCAUUUUAACUGGGUACGUUACCUGACGGAGAUAUUCGCGCGUGCUGAAGUCAGCAUCAACGUAACGGAUCACGUCGUCGUUCUCGCGCCUGUGUUUUUCUCGAAUCUCACGCAGCUCCUGUCUAUAACAGAAAACAGGACAUUGGCCAACUACCUCAUUUGGAGAAUCAUGAAAAAUCGCGUGGACAAUCUACCCAAGAAGUAUCGGGAGUUACAAGUCGAAUACAUAAAAAUAAUCAUGGGCUACAGCAGCGAGACCUCAAGAUGGCGUGACUGUGUCACAUACGUGAACAACAAUCUGGGCAAUGCGGUCGGCCGGCUGUUUAUAAGCAGGCAUUUUGACGAGAAUGCAAAGAAAAACGCUUUAGAGAUGAUAAAGGAUAUUCGGCGGGCCAUAGAAGAACUGCUAUCAGAAGUACCCUGGAUGGACCAGCGAACAAAGAAACUUGCAAAAGAAAAAGCCGACGUUAUGCAAGAGAAGAUAGGCUUUCCAGGCUAUAUCCUGAAUGACACAUUUCUCGACAAUGAAUACAAAAAUAUACAUUUCCAUACGGACACGUACUUUGAGAACAUCCUCAACAAUGUCCGGGGUAUCGCGCUAAGCAAUUUACAAAUGUACAACAAACCGGUUGAUAAGACGUUAUGGUCAGCGUUUCCUGCAAUAGUGAACGCCUUCUACAGCGCUACCAUGAAUCAGAUGACCCUGCCGGCAGGUAUCCUGCAGCCCCCGUUCUACAACAAGGGCUACCCGAAGUCUCUCAACUACGGCGGUAUAGGCAUGGUCAUCGGUCACGAGAUCACGCAUGGAUUUGAUGACAGAGGUCGCCAGUACGACAAGAACGGUAACCUGCAGCAGUGGUGGGACGAUCACGUGAUCGCGGCGUUCAAGGCGCAGGCCAAGUGCAUCAUAGAGCAGUACGGAAACUUCACAGUGGAAAAGAUAGGUUUGCAGCUGAAUAGCGUGCAGUCACAGGGCGAGGACAUCGCGGACAACGGGGGGCUUACUGCAGCAUUCAGGGCAUACCGGAUGUGGAAGGCGGAACACGGCGGCUCGGAACCGGAUCUGCCCGGUCUGACCCACCUCAGUAACGACCAGCUGUUUUUUCUCAACUUUGCACAGGUAUGGUGUGGCAACACGCGACCAGAAGCUCUCAGAAACAGGAUCCUAACGGGCGUGCAUAACCCAGGCAGAUACAGAGUAAUUGGAACGUUGCAGAACUCUUUAGAGUUUCGCAAGGCGUUCCAGUGUCCGACAGGGUCAUACAUGGCACCCUCGAAAAGAUGCAGUAUAUGGUGAUGCAAAAUCUCAAAGCAAACCAGGACACGUUUAAACCUCAGUUUUAUUUUUAAUGACACAUAUUCGAUGCAGAUUUCAUAGUGUAGUGUAACCCUCAUCUUGUCUGGACAUUUCGACGCAACAACGUUAAAUCGAAUUAUGAACGUUACAGUAGUGUUGCAAUUAGUAAUUAUUGUGAACGCGAGAAUAUGUUUACAAAAAUAUUAAUAUUGUUACAUGUUUCGUUGCGGAUAUUAAUUUUAAAGAAGUGCUAAAACACUUAGUAGCUGUACAUGACUUCAUUAAAUUAAUUAUUUGUGCUAACAAAGAGGGUGUCCGAAUACUUAGAUUGUCAGAAAACUUUCGGUACACGCUAAUCACUUCAUUGCCGAUAUGGCUGGAAAGUGGGCGGCAUUUUAACAUUUAAUAAAUGAAAUAACGGGUACAAAACGGCGAAAAUACAUGUUGCCAUCUUGUUUGUCGCGUGAUUAUCCCCUCUGUAAUUGCAUGUUCAUGUUGUGCAAAGUCAGACAAAAUAAAAACGACAUUAUGGAAUCCAGAGUAUAUUAUACAGGUACUUGAUAAGUAGUUACACUGUGCACAUUGUUAUAAAAAGUGUUUUUUUUUAUCCUCGUAAUUUUUGUUAUAAUUGUUAUCAGAAUAUAUAACAUACCAUACCUCCUGUGUACAUAUAUUAUUCAGUUUUAUAUGAUUCAUGUAUCGAAUGGAUUUUGUUCACCUUUUUGACUUCAUGUUUGUAGGCCAAUGUUUAGUUUCUAUUUUAAGUAUCGUAAAUUGAUGGUUACUUUUAAAUUUUCGUGUUGGAACAGCGAUGGUGAAAUGAUUGUGUUUAAUUUAAGAAAUUGUAAUUAUGCCUUUGCAUUACCAUUUUUGGUUGCCACUCAAGAAGAAUCAAUCGGUAACGUUGUUUGAUGGUAUAACAGUUUAAUGUUAAAGUUACAUGACAGUUAUUAAUGAUCCAACGGCCUCGGCCAACAGUUCAAAAUAUUGUCCUCAAUACUUUAAGAUAAUAAUUUGAGUUUCAUUUGUGAUAUUUAUGUAAAAUGUUUCGGCUAUUUGGUGUAUCGUUCCUGGAUCGCUUAGAAGCAUAAAAGACAGCUGUAUUUGUAGACGACGGACUGUCUGUAUAAGCAGUUUUCAUGCAGAGAGGCGCCAAUUACCGUGGGUUAACUUUCUUCAUUUAAGUAAUAUAUGUUAUGAGUUUUAAGAAAUUACACUUAAGUCGUUUAGGUGAAGACUUUGACUUAUUGGCAAAGGUCUUAAGGAAAUCAUCAACUGAUUGUUUGUUCUCAGGUAAAAAUUUGGGAAAAAAGGCGAAUACAAAUAUUUAUGUUUAUAAUAUAGUAAAUAUUAAUGAAUAAGUAAUAUUACCGAAAUACGGAUUAUGUUAGGUAGAUAAAUAAGGAUGUGUGUGCUUUGAAGAUUUGUCCGAUGUUUCCCAAUAGGAACGUGUUGAAUACGUAUGUAUAGAUUGUGGAAAUGUAUUUUGGAAUUUAUGAUGGUUUGGCUUUUAACGAUUAUAUUAUAUAUACAAUACAAAUGAUAUUCAAUAAAUACAUCGGAAUCGUGUUAUGAAAUGUUCUCUAUAGCCUUAUUCAGUAAUUUUAUCCAUCGGUCAUGUUGUCUCUUGUAGACUCUUGUAAAUAUUUUUUACCUUUGUAUUUCGGUAUUGUAUGUAUAAACAAUAUAAAAUCGAUGUAUGUUGUUCCAUA